AUGGGUCUUCUCUCCUGGGUACGUCCCAACGGACGAAUUUCAUUUUUCCACGCCAAAGAUAACAACCUGGUCUUGACCAAGAAAGGGGGCAAGACGGAUGCGAAGCAGCAGACCACCUUGGUCAAUAUCUGUCGUGAUGCGACUCCUGCCACAUGCCAUCUGAACCCGAUGCUGUUCAAUGGACAUCUGCAGACAAUGUAUACCGUGCUCAAGCAUGAUAAUGUCCCCGUGUACUACAAGCGCCGAAUGUUUGAGGCUGAGAGUGCAAUGUUCAUGGGCACAUAUGCAAUUGACUUUGUGGUCAAACCGUACGAGAUGCCGCCCGAGGGAGAAUUGACUGAUCAGGCACGGAAUUAUACGCAGCCUUCAGGACUGCCGCCUCGGACGUCGUUCUAUUCAGAGGAGGAAUUUGCUAGAAUUCCUUCGGAUGAUACCAGACCAAUGCUGGUUGUUCUUCAUGGUCUGAGUGGAGGUUCUCAUGAAGUCUAUCUACGACACGUCCUUUCCCCACUGAUCGCGGAUGGCACCUGGGAAGCCUGUGUGGUCAACUCGCGAGGCUGCUCCCAGACGAAGAUCAGCACGGGUGUCUUGUACAAUGCCCGUGCUACAUGGGAUGUGCGUCAGUCUGUGAAGUGGUUGAGGAAAACUUUCCCCAAUCGGCCACUCUUCGGUAUUGGGUUCUCACUGGGUGCCAACAUUCUUGCAAACUAUCUGGGAGAAGAAGGAGAUGGCUGUGAGCUCAAAGCAGCAGUCCUUUGCGCUAGUCCUUGGAACUUGGACGUCAGCUCGGUUAAUUUGGUGAGCUCCUGGCUCGGCAAGGAGGUUUACAGCAAGACCAUGGGAUCAAGCAUGAAGCGACUUUUUGAAGCACAUGUCGACCAAGUUUCGAAGAACCCCCGUAUUGACGUGGAGGCUAUUCGAAAGACCACUUAUCUGCACGAGUUUGAUCGGGCUAUCCAAUGUCCCACAUGGGGUUACCCCACAGAAGGCGCCUACUACCGUGAUGCUACCUCGACAGACGCCAUGCUUCGCAUCCGCAUUCCUUUCUUCACAGUCCAAGCAGAGGAUGAUCCCAUUGCAUCGCGCAACGCACUGCCAUUCCAAGAGAUGACUCAAACUCCUUAUGGUGUCAUGCUGACCACCUCGUGGGGUGGCCACUUGGGCUGGUUUGAACUCGGUGGCGAGCGUUGGUUUGUUAAACCGGUGACGAGCUUCCUGAACACAAUGGCUAAAGAGAUCGACAUGGAUAUCCCUGGUGUAGUUGAGGACCCUCAAAGGCUUCCGGGGCGCAUUGCCAGCCACUUUGGGCCGGAAAAAGACGAUGACACGUCGCCAAAACCCGAAUUUCUCCCAGUCCAUCGCAAGUUGGACAUGAAGCUGCCAAUGUAA